AUGGGCUCACACCCCCCCCAGACUCACCCCAUCCCCAUCUUUCCCCCCCGUGAAGGAAACAUCAACAUCUGCCUCAUGGGGGACCCUGGCGUGGCCAAGUCCCAGCUUCUGUCCUACAUCGACCGCCUGGCCCCCCGCAGUCAGUACACGACAGGUCGGGGGUCCUCAGGCGUGGGGCUGACGGCGGCCGUGCUGCGGGACCCCCUGACGGGGGAGUUGGCCCUGGAGGGGGGGGCCCUGGUUUUGGCCGACCGGGGGGUUUGCUGCAUCGACGAGUUCGAUAAGAUGCUGGAGGCCGACCGCACGGCCAUCCACGAGGUGAUGGAGCAGCAGAGCAUCUCCAUCGCCAAGGCGGGCGUCCUGGCCACCCUCAACGCCCGCUGCGCCAUCUUGGCGGCCGCCAACCCAGCCUACGGUCGCUACAACCCCCAACGCAGCCUGGAGCACAACAUCCAGCUCCCGGCCGCCCUCCUCUCCCGUUUCGACCUCCUCUGGCUCAUCCAGGACCGUCCUGACCGCGACAACGACCUGCGCCUGGCCCAGCACAUCACCUACGUGCACCAGCACAGCCGCCAGCCCCCCUGCGCCUUCCAGCAGCUCGACAUGAAGCUCAUGAGGUGA